UCUCGAGCGAGCAACAGGACUAUCAAACGGCCAAUUUCGCGAGUGAGGAGUGCAGUGGUGACGUGUUUGUAAAACGGAUAGUUUAAAUUUGACAGGUUUAUAAUAAGUGAAAAAGAGUAUUGAUGAUAUUAAAAGAACAAUAGUGGUUUGCGAGUUGUGAUCUGAAAUUAAUUGUGAAUAAGUUUUUUGAAUAAUGUAAGCGUCCAUGGCGUGAUGUCUCGACGCCUGCUGUGAUGUCUCUAAUAUGCAGUGGAGCCUCAAGCUUGUAUUGCUAGCAUUAUGCUGUUUUCACACCGCAUCAGAACGGUUGCAAAUCGAAGAUCACGUUACUAGUCGAAACGAUGAGAAAGAUGGACUCGCAUUAUCGAGGGAAAUAUUCAGAAACAUUACGAAGAAAUUGCGCCAAACCAUACGAGAGGGUCCGACUGACAACGACCAUUUAUUACAGGGCAAAGCGGAAGAAUCUCGUCAGUAUGCGCCAUAUCAAGAUCUACAUCAUCACGAGCGACACUGGGGCCCAUACUUCGAAGAGAACAACGUCACACAAGUAACGGCUCAUGUUGGAGCUGAAGCCCUCUUCAAUUGCAGAGUCGUCAUGCUCAAAGAUAAGACUGUCAUGUGGUUACGUCACAGUACGGAGACAGCACAAUUACUAACUGUGGGGCCAGCGCCGUAUGCGGGAGACAAUCGCGUCGCAUCAAAAUUCCAAUACCCGAAUAAUUGGAGGCUGAGCAUAAAUCCCGUAAAGUGGUCCGACUCGGGACGAUACAUGUGCCAAAUAUCGACUCACCCGCCGAGAACAAUUUACACGGACUUAAGUAUAUUGCCUCCUGUUUUAACAAUAAAUGGAGACGCUACACACGACGUAAAAGAUAAAUUUUACAAAGCUGGUAGUUCCAUAAAACUAACAUGUGCUAUAUCUGAUGAGUACAUCACUACGAUAUCUCAAUCAAAGCCAACUUCAACAACAACAACAGAAACGACACCCAUUACAACAACAACAGAAUUGACUACAAAAAUGAGCACAAUAUUCAAUAGGAUAGAUUUAAUGUUAAACAGGAGUUGGAGUGUCGAGACCACAACGAUUACGUCAACAGUCAGUAUUACAACGAAGAAAUCUGAAGCCACCACUGAGGCAAUUGUACCUAUUACGGUUCCAUUGACGAGGCCGGUUAUAAAUAAUAUAUUUGGCUUAGUCUGGAAGAAGCAAGGGAAAGCAUUAGAAGAAUAUAUAACGUGGAGAAAUAUGAGCGCUACAUUUAGUGUCUCUUCCGCAUCACAGAAUGACAGUGGCUUAUACAGCUGUCAUUUGAGGAACCAUUCACAAGUGAUAAUCAACGUGCACGUAUUAAGCGGAGAAAACCAAGCUGCAGUCCAUCAUGACACAUGGAAUAAAGGUUCCUUAUUCUGGCAACCAAUAAAUCUCUGUUUAAUUAGCAUAAUAAUAUUAAUGUCGUUUUUUACUUGAGAUACAUAUAAGUAGUCAUAAUAUAGGGCCAGUUACUUUAAACUAACUCAUGUGUACCCCUCACCACACUCUUAUUUCGCUCUCAUGUUGCUACGAAUAGAUCUGCAGUAACAAAAAUUAUAUUUGGAAGGGUGAAUGUGGAAUGUAACUACGUAAAUAGAUGCGCAUGACACUUCAGAGUGACCUAGAAGUUUGCUGAGGAGAGGCAUUAAAUGAAACUUGAUAAUGUAAACUUCCAUAAGAUCUUGCAAAUGUUUUAAUAUGACUUUGUCUAACAAAGAAAUAUCCGUACAGAGCCAGGCCGUGUUAUUUAUGCAGUCAGUAUAGGUAUUCCUAGUCUGACCAGAAGUUGUGUUACAAAUAAAAAUCGUAUUAUUAGAUAAGUCUCAAUUCAAUGCAAUCUAGAGAUUUGCUCAUAUCUUCCUUGGGAAAUUGAGUCACUGUUCUAAAGUUGUAAUUAUUAUGACGGGUACUCACGACAUAAUAUAUUUUAUUGAUUUGAUGCCCAUAUUUCGAUCCAAUUGCAUGAGUCAUGGUCACGGCGGGAACACUUGACACAUUGACACUUGACACUAAUAGUACAUCAAUCUGUCCUUGGCGCCUAGUUUGUUUUGGUCUUUGAAUCCCUAAUUCACGACACACACUACUGACGUCGUCCAUACUUUCGGAUCUUUUUGUUGUAUUCGUACUGCAGAGAGAGACCACGUGAUUCCAUGUUUGCGCUAAUCUAAUACCAUCCUCCCUAUUAAAAUUGUUAGGAUACUUUUUAAUUUCUAUAGCUUCUCUUACACGCCAUGGUACCGGCUUUAAGCAAGUGUUCGGCUAUUGCAGAUUUUUUUAGGAUCGUUAUUAUUGACUUCGCUGAUGUGUUCCUUAACUGUUCUAAAGAUUUCUUAUACUCUCAAUUCGAUGUCAGUGUGUUAGGAUAGACUAUAAUGUAUAGCCCAUGGAGUUCAGAUCUGGGUUAAACAAUGCUUUUAGCUCUGCUAAAGUCCUGAAUAUUAAUACCCAGCCAACCUUGGUUAGUUUGUGUUUUGUGUGGUGCAGUCUCUUGUUGUCUCCAAUGUACAUUUUUAAAAGACAUAUUGCUAAUAGGUUUCACAAUAUAAUUGAAGAAAGUUUCUUGAUACACUUUUGCUGAAGUCUUUAAGUGAAAAAAGAUUUUCACAAAAUGCAGCUUUAUGACUCAUUGAUAAGAAAACCUCCAAAAAACUAUGACUGACGUAGGAUGAUAAACAUGUUGCACUUUUCUGAUUGCUUGUACAGCUUUUUGGAUUUACGAGUGUUUACUAAGUCAUUUUGCUUCUUGUAGUGUUCUUCAAUUGUGAAAAGUUUUUCGUCACUUGAAAGGAUAUUUCUCUACCUUUCAACGAAUCAAUAAGGUCAUGUCUUGUAUAUCAACGAUGAGUACCAAGCUUAAGUCUUCUUUUAUAUUUUUUUAAUUCCUUGUAUGAUUUCGGCGAAUUCUGUUAUUAACAGCAUUAAAAGCCUUUUUAGUGCUAACAACACGCAUCCGCCAUAUUUUUGUUUGAAAUGAUCUAACUUUGUAAUAUAAUAAACGCGUUUCAAAUUUCAAAUUUGUAUAUGUAAAUAAAAAAAUUAUAAAUUGAAGAAUCGAGAUGUAACAAUUUUUAUGGUCAGACUAGGUAGUUACAUAAGUUUAUAAUUGGGUAAAAUUAUUGUAGAUAAAAAAUACAUUGACCAUGGUUAUAUAGUUUUCUUACUUAGAUUUAUAUUUCUUACGGCGUAAUGUCAGAGAAUUAGCAGCAUUCUGUUUAAAUUUGCAUUAUUUUAUUAGAUAAGAAGAAAAAGAAAAUAUCUUGGAGAACUCAUCAAAUUUCUGACGUUUGGUUUGAACCAGGCAUAAAAGGCAUUUAUUUUCUCAGAUUUAAUUCCUGUACAAUUCUUUUUGAUGUCAUUUCUAAUAUACUAGAUACCGCUUGGGAAACAAAUGGCGCUCUGACAGAGAAGAACCGACGCAAGAAUCUCUUCCAGCAUUCUUUUUUUAUGCGCUCUUUUUAAUCAAAAUAUACAAAAUAUCAAUCUGCGGACUUAUUAAGUAAGAAUGUUAUAAUAUAUAUACAAAUGAUAAUUUUAUUUAUUCCUAAAUAAUUAUUUAAAUAUCUUUAUUAAGACUUAUCCAUCAUGUUUAUUGAAAAAUGUUCUUAGAUAAAAAUAUGUAUCAAAUUAUAAAUAAAACAAUUCUACUAUAAGAAUAAGUAUUCACUCAUAAUAUGCCCAUUUUUGUUAGGGAAAAAAAUUGUUUUAAAUCAAAUAAUCCUUAAAGAUUUAACAAAAAAUUAUCAGGCAUCUUAGUCGAAACACAAUUAUAACCUACAGUGCCUAUGAUAUAGUUUUUCGCGAUUGUAACCAAUAACAACUUUUUUUUAGUUAAUCUCAAAAUGAAAAAACGAACAGAAAUAAUUGAGCGCUUAGAUAAUUAAUACGUCUAGAUAGAGUCUCUUGCUGGUAGACAACCGAUAAAAAACAGGCCAGGAAUAUUAGUUUAGUUAGCGAGACAAGCUACGACUGACACUCGCCAUUUGUAUGGCACCUUGUGUUACUGUGCGUGAAUUGCUCUUAAUAGAGGUUAGUUCUAAACACAAUUUUUUUCGACGUUUUCACAGCUGUCAUAGUCUACCUAGACGUAUAAAUGAUCUUAUAUUGAGGGCUACACAGUUCAAUUCAGGCUUUCUUGAAUUUCUUUAAAUUGGAGAUUUCAAUGGCCGAUUUGUUCACGGUUCUUUUUACUACUCAAGAUUCAAAAUAUUUAUUUCAAUUUGGGCAUAACAAGCACUUUUGAAUGUCACACAUUAAUAACAAAAAUACAAUUAGUUAUUCCAGUAUCUGGAAUCUGAAAUAAUGUUGCAAGCACGUAAAAAAACAUUAUUUCAAAUAAUCCAAAAAAAAAUAUAUCACUGAUUAAAGACAAUUUUCAUUUAUUGUAUCCCUAAAACUGAGUUAAUGUAUAUAAAUUACCAAAAAGCCGUUAUGUUGGUAAAUAAGUAAAUAUUUUAUAAGCAAUACAGAAGUUAAUCAAUUUGUAUAUAGUAUAAAAGUAACUAUUAUUACUAUGCAGAUAUAAGAAAAUUAUUAUAUUAUAGACCAAAACGGUGCCAUGCCGUAGCCAUGCAGAGUUUUAAUGAAAUUUGGAUUAUUGUUAUCACUACAGUUUUAAAAAUUGUACUUUAAGCUCUGCUGUAUUACUGAACCAGUGGCUUACAUUAGAGCACACUUUGUCGCUACAAUGUGUAUCGUCUACCGCAUUUAUCACGGGGAGUGUUCUGUAAAGCUGUUGCACCUUAUUCCUGCCGCCGGAUUCUACUUUUGCACGACACUCCAUACAUAAGAAUAUCAUCACCAUCAUCUGGAUGUGUGGUGGUCCUCGCGGUGCAUUUUUCAAGAAACUUUCUUCCACGUACUACUAAACUGUGAAUGAUGAAUAAUAGUUCCUUGUGAGGUAUUUCCGGGACGAUACGACAUCAGUACCUUAAAAAAACGCGUAUGGAAUGUAUAAGGUAUACCUUCCUUAAGGGCCGGCAACCAUUAUGUGAUUUCUUCUGGUGUUGCAAGUGAAUGAGGGCGGCUCUGAUCACCUAACACCAGGUGACCCGUACUCGUUUUUCCUCCUUUUCCAUAGAAAAAACACUCACAAAUGUCGUGAUCAGGGUGCUCAAUUAACCCAAGAAGUACUGAUCUCCUGGCUUACCACUAGUUCCACAAUCCAUUAUCUGUUUUUAUAGGAGUACAUAACAUAAUGGACAAAUUUUCAACCUCAUGUUAAUCUGCAACCUCCCCUACAUCUGCUAUAGCAGAAUCAAUAUGAUCUAAAGGCAUAGUAGCAUAAUGCGAAAUUAACACAAUCCCAUCGUACAGUGAACAUCACCCUUUGGCCGAAGAUCUGGUAUUUCUUAAUUUCUUUCGCUCUUCAUCCUUUCGUCGAAGGUGAAUUAUUAAUUACCAUCUAAUUAACGAAAGAAUUCAUUCUUCUGUAUAGAUCUGCUACGGACACAGACAAAGCUAAAAGAAAAUGAAACGUUACAAAAUUUUAGCAACUAUUUUAAUUUACGUUUCAACAUUAUGUAUUGAGAUCUUACUCUUUAAGAUUAUAUUCAAUUUUAUCAAAUAAUAAUUUAAAUGACAAGUUCAGCAUGUCUUAAAGGUUUUGUUCGGAAUUUGUUCAAGCAAUCCUUGUAGGUGGUAAUGUUAAUUAACCAUCCAGAUUUCAUGAUUAUUCUGCAAUAUUUAAUAAUUAUUAUAAUUAUAAGUAACAACAUAUUGUAUGGAUUUCAACGAAUGUAAUGAAAACAUCGGAACUUUAAUUUCAUUGUUUAUUGUAAAAAUAAUAUUUAAAUGUUAAACGGCAAAGCCAAUGGAUGUGUCAACAUUGUACUCGUAUUUAUUUAUUUAAUUUCAACAUGUGAAUGUUAUAUUGCCAAAUAAAUUCUCAGUCAUUAUUAAA